AUGGCUCUCGGGCAGGUCCGGUAUUCUGUACCCGAGGAGAUGACAAUGGGGUCGGUUGUCGGAAAUAUAAUCCAGGACCUCGGCUUGGAUGUUAAACGGAUGAAAUCCGGGCGGGCUAGGAUAUUUACCGAGGACGGCAGUGAGUACAUUGGUCUUAAUGCAGAAAAGGGAACUUUGGUUGUGGCUAAACGAAUAGACAGAGAAGAAUUGUGCAAGCAAGUGUCUCCCUGCUCUCUUCAUUUUCAAAUAAUUCUAGAAAAUCCAAUGGAGUUGCAUCCUGUGAAAGUACUGAUCCAGGACCAGAACGACAACCCUCCUCAGGUGCUGUACCCAGUCCAGACUGGCGGCUCUCUGGUGGCUGAACUGGUGCCUCGCUCAGCAGAUGUGGGCUAUCUGGUCACUAAAGUGGUGGCUGUGGAUGUGGACUCUGGACAGAAUGCCUGGCUCUCCUAUAAACUGCAGAAAGCCACAGACAGGGCGCUGUUUGAAGUGGGCUUACAGAAUGGAGAAAUAAGAACUAUCCGCCAAGUCACUGAUAAAGAUGCCGUGAAACAAAGACUGACUGUUAUCGUGGAGGACAACGGGCAGCCCUCUCGUUCAGCUACAGUCAUUGUUAACGUGGCGGUGGCGGACAGCUUCCCUGAAGUGCUGUCUGAGUUCACUGACUUUACACAAGACAAGGAAUACAACGACAACCUGACUUUCUACUUAGUGCUGGCUUUGGCUGUAGUUUCCUUCCUCUUCAUCACCUGUUUAGUGGUGAUUAUAUCAGUGAAGAUCUACAGGUGGAGACACGAGCGUGUGUUUUACAAAUCCAGUGGAAAUCUUCCUGUUAUUCCGUAUUACCCACCCCUUUAUCCAGACGUAGGGGGUACCGGUACGUUGAAGCAGGCAUUCAGUUACGAGGUGUAUGGAACGACUGACUCCCGGAGGAGUGAUGUCAAGGUCUCCCGACCCUUCAGUCAGAGCACUCUGAGUGUUGACCACUGUGCCACAGUGCCAAGGCAUAGAACAGAGUCAGAGAUUUUGCUCUCAGAGGUGAGAUCAACCACUUCUCUAUUUCUUUUAAAUCGUUGCUCCCUUUUUUAUUUAGUAUUCAUAUGUUAUAGGUUUGAUUUGGCAAUUCAGUUCACUCACUAUUAG